GGUCUGAGGGGAAAAGGCAGCGCGGAGGGACAGGCGCUGCCAGCCAGCGGGAGGCUGCUCCUCCUCGGUGUCUGCGCGGUGACAGAGAAACUGUCCCGUCUUCAGCGGGUUAAUGGAGGCUUUCUACCUUGGGAGUCACUCAGGGGAGCGUUUGUAGUCUGCGAAAAGCGAGGCUACCAGGGCGUGCAUUCCUCCUUGCGUGGGAGCUAUCCGUAUUUCCUCUUUACGUUAGCCUGGCUAAUGAUCCGCAGCCCAUAUCAUGCUUUCUGAGCAUGCUGAAGAAAGUUUCGGUUCAGAUGCUGCCAGCGGUGGUUUGAGUGAUGUGCGCUGACUUAGUUACCAUGAAGCGGCUCGGGCUCUGUUUCCAAUGAAGUGUCCUGCUGUCUUUUCCGCCGGGAAAAUGUCUUAACUGCUGAAUGACCUAAUGUUAAAGCAGCUUAACUCAAAAACGAUUUCUAAAAAGCUUCGGAAGCUACUCUGAGCUGUGUAGCUUUCUGUUAAUGUAUCGGUGUUGUCACCGUUGCUGCCUUGCAAGUCUUCGGCGUAAUUGCUGACAGUAGGAAUGGGAAGAUUGUAAGGUGUGGGUUGAGACUUAAUUCAGUUUAACCGUUGUACCCUACUAUCUGUCACUUCGUUUAACUUGUCCUUGUGACUACUCCUCACAAUAUAGUUUAGGGGGAUAGCCUUUACAAUAUGCCAUUUGCUAUUUCUGAUAUGAUACGACUGUUGUAUUGGUAUACAACUAACAUGUCUGAUAUUGACAUGAUGACAUUCCCCCGUGAUCCUCCGGUUUAUUUUUAGUGAAGUUUUUUCUUUUGAAUCAACUUUUGAAACCGCCAUUCCAGGUUAUAUUAAAUUUUCUUCACCACUCCUUGGAUGUAGUACAUGUACUGUUCAUUUCAUCUGAGCAGGAAGAUAAACUCAGAUGAUUUAAGCAAGAGAACUUUCGAGAGCCAUGUUAACCAAAUAAGAAACAGUGUCUAUUAUUUUAGAGAUAGGAGAGAAAAAGGCCGCAAAAAGUUUCUCGUCAGCUUUUCCGUAUCUCCUGAAUGAAUGUGGCUUGAAACACAAUUGUAGACAGAACUGCAUUUUUUGCUGUAGUUCUCAGUGCUUGAGUGUUUGGGAUUUUUUUGUAUGUUUAGGACUUUACACCACUUACACAUUUUUCUGAUGCAUGACGUCAUUUGAAACUGAGUUGGUCCAAAGGAGAUAUGAACCUCGUGUGUCUUUUUCUUCUGGCAGGUGGCAGUCGUGUCUUCUGACUCUUUGAAGCUCAGUGCACCAGCCGCAAAGUCUCUGAAAGGAUGAGAAGGAUGCAAGUCCCAGUGUAGAUUUGCCCAUUGCUGUGUGGAGAUGUGCAGGUUCAGCAUGUGCUCCUCCUCCUGGGCAGUGCCUGUGUUGAGCAGAGGGCAGCUGUGAGGGUGGCUGUUGCUGAGGGAUUGUUGCAUGGUCAGUCAGUGAGAGCCGCUGGAGCAGCAAGGGCAGAAAUUGCAGGGUUAAUGAACCGUGUGUGUGUGAGGACGCGUAUUGGCUGUGCUGUCUGUAUGGGUGCAGGGACGUGAGCGUACCUGUGUGCAAAUAUAAGUGUACAGAGCGAGAGGUAUGGUUGAGUUAGUAAAGUGCUGUGUGUGCCUAAAGUGAAAGUGUUCAAGGAACGGCGCAGAAAAGGACUUGAUGCUGUGCCUGCUUGCCUGGCCCCGGAGCUGGAGCGUCGUGAAGCUGGCUGCGGGAAGGGAGAGACUGAAGUGUGUGUAGCGGCAUGUGAAAUGUGCUGAGGAUUGGGAUUUCUCUUUGUUUUGGACUUGGUGCGUUGUUGCCCAGGGUGGCUUCCCCAGGAAGGGAAGCGGUGAUGGGGGGGGGGUCUUUUCUGCGGAGAGCAGGCAGACCAGCCUUUCACGGGGUCCCUCGUGGCAGCAGUGCAGAUUUGAGAGAGCCUCACGCAGGUCCGUGGGCAGCAGUUGCUGGCCUUGGUGUGCUGGAGGAGGGGCACUCUGGUGUUGAGCCUAGAGCUGGAGCAUCUUGAGGAGGGUGAGGUGGCCUUCUCCCGAAGCAUUGGCUCUGCUCACGUUGCACAUGAGUGCAACGGGGGGCAAAGACGAGGCGUUUGAGGUGCGCCAGCGUGCUGUGCUCAGUGUUGGACUGGAGCCUGAGUGCAGCACACACUUUGAGGGCAGGGUUGUUGCUGGGCUGUGCGAGAGCCCCGUGCAGCUUUGGUCCGCAGCCGUGGCAGGCAGGUUCCUGUGGCAGGCAGGUUCCUGCGUUGAGCGAACGCCUGGGAGGAGGAUGCCCAGCUGGGAGCAGGGAGCCUGCCCUGCAGCACUUGUGGCUGGCGCUCCCCGAGGUUCCGUGGGCGUAGCUGGGUGUUUUUGGAGAAGCCCCGAGUGUGUGCAGGCCUGUGAGUUGGGGGGCUGGGAGGGCUUUAGGCAGUGCUGGCUCCCGCUUUGAAGCCGCCUCCCGCGCUGCCCAGGCUUUGGGGCCAGAGGCCUGGCUGGAAGGGUUCUGCCACCAUUUUGUGGGAGGGAGGUGCCAUUUUGUUCCGUGCUGCAGCUCCUGCGUCCUUGUACCAGGAAGUACUCAGAGAGCAGAAUAUUUAUAUGCAGCACUUGCACAGGGUAUGUAGGUAGUUAGAGCUAUCACUAUGAAGGAGUGAAUCAGUAGAUGUACACUUAGAUAUGCUAAUUAUAUACAUUUCUAGAGGUAUAUAAAUGAGACAUUUGUGAUGGUAAAAUCGUAAGCCUGAGGUAGAUAAGGCAGUCUUUCUUCAGAGCUGAUGGAAUGACUCUGUAGAUGUGAAUGAAAUGCAUUGCACCUAAAUAAAGGGCAGGUCGAGGCCUCCUGCUUUGCAUGGCUGCAGAAAAAACACUGAGCUGUUCGGUGAGCAGCCAAGAGUUGCCACAGAGUGCUGGGACGUGCCCAAGGGCUGUGGAGCUGUGUGAGGUGGCCACCAGGCAGGCCUCAGCAAGCACCGUGUCAUGUCCCCGGAAGAGGUCUGUCCCUCGCUGCAGGCUGAGAAGGCUCCAUGUCCAGGCAUAGCCCGGUGGGAUGGUCAUGCAGUGUGCAUAUCCCUGGGGCAGGCUCUGGGCAUCCCAUGGUCCUACCAAAUAUGAGCAGCACAGGUUGAAAAAACAGAAGGCCAGAAAAAAUUCCUGUGUCAGAGGAUCACGUGCCUGGGGACGUAAGUUGUGUUUUCUCUCUGAAGAGUCUCUGGAGUCGAGGCGUUGUGCGCUUGUGGGUAAGACGUUGCAUGCCCCAAAUGCAUGCUGUUUCCUUGGUGGAAUUGAGGUGUGGGCAUUGGUGCAGGUGCAGGCUCAGGGCAUUCGGAGCAGCUCUGGUCUCUCUAGAGGGACACCCCGCACCUCAGAGUGUGGGGUGCUGUGGCAGGCAGUGGUGGUUAUGCCCUUUCUCACUUUCAGUGGAAGUUCUAGCCCUGCAGGUAGUAAGGUGUCAUCAAAUCCCAGAAUAUCCUGAGUUGGAAGGACCCACAGGAUCAUCUAAAUCCAGCUUCUGGCCCUGUGCCGGAGACUCACUGAAUCACACCAUGUGCCUUAGACCAUUGUCCAAGCGCUUCUUGAUCUCUGUCAGACCUGGUGCUGUGACCAGUUCUGUGGGGAACCUGUUCUAGUGCUCAGUUUCCCUCUGGGUGAAGAACCUUCUCCUGAUACCCAACCUAAAAACCUUCUCUGAGACAACUUUGAGACAAAGGGGCCAUUCCCUUGAGUCCUGUCACUGGUCACAAGAGUGUAGAUAUCAGUGUCUGCCGCUCUUUUUCCCCUCACAAGGAAGUUGUAGACUGCAAUGUGGUCUCUCCUCAGUCUUCUCUUCUCUAGUCUGAACAGACCAAGUUACCUCAGCCACUUCUCAUGCAGGUUCCCCUCAUGGUCCUUCAUCAUCUUUGUUGCCCCCCUUUGGACACAAUGUCUUUCUUAUGUUGUGGUACCCAGAGGUGCCCCCGGCACUCGAGGUGAGGCCACCCCAGCGCAGAGCAGAGCAGGAAAAUCCUCUCCCUUGCCUGGCCAUGAUGCUGUGCCUGAUGCACCCCAGGACACAGGUGGCCCUCCUGGCUGCCAGGGCACUGCUGGCUCAUGUUAAGCUUCCUAUUGGCAGGACCCCCCCGGCCACUUUCCAGAGUGCCUCUCAUUCCCCAGUUACCCACCAGAAUUGCCCUGUCCCAGGUACAGUAUCCAGUACUUUUCUGUGGUAGGUCAAUUGCUUAGCAAUGCCUGCCCCUCUCCUAGUCCUGUGGCCCCUUUGUAAUUGUCUGGCAGAGCCACCCUGUGCAUGAUGGCUGCUUGUGCUCCUUUGUCAGCACUUUUUGACAAUGUCAUGGCCCGUGUGUCCUAUACUAUAUUAUGCUUGGCUUGCACAACUACGGCCCUACAACUCCACCCAGAAGUAUCACUGUCUCCAGAGAUCAGCCACUGAGUUGCUGCAUUCUAGCUUGUUGGGGGAGGGAGCUUGAAUAGUAAAAGGCGGUGAUUUUAACGUGUGUACGUAAAAAUGCUUUUUUCCCCUUCUUUUUUCUUUUGGAGGAAGGGGUAUAGGUGAAGAUGCAGGAACCAGAACUCGUUGCAAAAACCCUACGAGCUGUUCUUCAUGCCUUUAAAAGUGGCAUACAUUUGUCAGAACUUCAGAGUGAAUACAGAUCCCUUACCAAUGAGUUGAUUCCCUUCAGGCAACUAGGAUAUGACACACUGGAAGGCUACUUGGAGAGUGUCCCAGGAGUGGUCAGAAUGGAAGAGAACAAAAUGGGAGAGGUCAUUUGCCAUGCUGUUAGUUGCAGUGAAACUGUGCGAGUUGCUCAACUGGUGGCCCGACAGAGGAGUUCCAAGAAGAAAACAGUCCGGCAGGUGAACUGUCAGAUGAGGCUGAAGAGCACAUCUCCGGUCAGUUUAUCAGGAAAGCCCAAAGGAACUUUGCGGCAGCCUCGGUCCUUGAGCAUGCCAGAAGAAGGCAGUAAGAGGCCUGUUCCUCGCCUGCCCCGAGGCAGAGAAGUGGCAUGUGGAGGUGUGAAACCUGUUAUGGAGGGUGCCCGGUCUGCCUUACCUUCAACUGCUGGGAGUGGACCACCUAAAGAAAUACCCAUGCAGAGGCAUGUCACUGUGGUGAACAGGUCUGAGAAGAGACUGACUGUCCCACCACGGUUUCAAAAGGAGUUGCAAGUUCACCUGUCCAGAAGCUCUUCCACAGAGUCAAGUGAUAGCUUGAAUACAUCCACUGCAGAGACACAUACUGUCGCCCCUGGCUCUUCUGCUGCCAAUGUCCAUGAACUUCAAAAUCGCAUUAAGGAGCUUCUGAGCAAGUACAGCAGUGGUGUCAGGCUGUCAAAGAUGCCUCAGAUCUAUCGGGAAAUGUACUGGGAGGACCUUAGCACAGAAGUGCUCUAUCAGCUUGGGAACUGGCCUCAUGUGUGCACAGUGGAGAAAAUACACAGAAGUGAUCCAAUGGAUGGAUUUAUUUAUCCUGCUAAGAAAAUACCACCAGCAUCAAAAAGUGAUACUGAGCAAGAAAAGGCAUCUCAGAAUGUUACUUCAUCAAAAGCAGACCCUUUGUUAAAACCAAAUAUGGACACCACACCCGCAUCACUCAGUAGCGACUUCAAGGCAAAAGUCAUUAGCCUCUUGCUGAAGUAUUCCAGUGGUCUUUGGGCUCAUGCACUUCCCAAAGUGUACCAAGACGCAUACCAAGUAAAAUUUCCAGAAGACGUUCUAAAUAAUCUAGAAUUGCUGUCAGAUGUAUGUAUUGUGGACUAUGUAUCUGAAGCCCCCAGAAGGGCAAUCCUUUACCCUAAACCCCAAAGAUGCGUUGAUGAAAAUCUGAAUGUCACUGAGAAAAUCAAGAGGUAUGACGGUGUGAAAGCCACAGCUGAACAGAAGUAUGAAGAAUCCAAGGACCAGUAUCUAGAAAACAUAAGUGUUCCUUCUCUGAUCGUUCCAUCAGAAGGAUCUGUGUCCAUCAUGGUGUUAGAAUUGAAAAACACUAAUGAGGUCAUAAUUAGGUAUGUGGGCAAAGAUUAUUCUACUGCCCAGGAACAAAUGGAAGAUGAAAUGAAAGCAUACUACAGUCAGAACAGUACAGUGUCACCAGCUCAGUCUCUGAGCGUUGGGCAACUUGUUGCAGUACGUGCUGAAGAAGAUGCCUGGUUGCGUGCGCAGAUAAUUUCUCUAGAAGACAACAGAGUAAAGGUAUACUAUGUUGAUCAUGGCUUCACUGAGUUUGUUGAAAGCAACAGUAUGUGCAGACUACAGAAACAGUUCCGAUCUCUUCCUUUUCAAGCUGCAAAAUGUAAACUGGCAGGACUGGAAGCCUUCUGUGAUGAUCCUGUCCUAGUAAAGGCUGUGGAAUCACAGGCAUGCUACAAGAUAUUUGCUGUGGAAAUACUGGAAAAGAGUGAUACUCCUCUUCUUGUUCUCUAUGACACUUCUGGAGAAGAUGAUGUCAACAUCAAUGCUACUUGUCUGAGGGCAUUGUAUGACAAGUCCCUUGAACUACACCUACAGGUAGACACAGUAUAUACCAACGUCAGAGUAACCAGUGUUUACUCUGAUGGGAGCCUGUAUUGUCAAGUGCCAUCCAAAGGCUUGUCUAGACUUUCUGAAAUACUGCAGAAACUAGAAAACUACUUUCUUUACAAGACAUCUGAGUUUAAUGUCUUGCUACCGUUCUGUGGCAAAAUCUGCUUGUUUCCUUCCAAAGGAAAAUGGGCACGUGUAGAGAUAAAAAUAAUUCACACUAGACGGGCACUUGAUGUGCAGUUUAUGGAUAGUGGAACAGUUGCAACUGUAAAAGUAUCAGAGCUCAAAGAAAUCCCGCAACAAUUCCUGAGAGAAGUAAUUGCAAUACCUCCUCAGGCUUUAAAAUGCUGUCUGGCAGAUCUGCCUCCUAACACUGGCAUGUGGACUCCAGACGCUGUACUGUGGCUGAGAGAUGCUGUAAUAAAUCGUCCUGAAUUUAGCAUGAAGGUGAUUAAACAGGAUGCUUCAAAAGGAAUUGCACACAUUUACUUGUUUGCUCCAGAGAAUUUCCCAGACAUGGAUCGUAGCAUCAAUAGACAGAUCAAAGAUGCAGACGUGUGGAAGCAUCAGAAAGAUGUUUUCUUGAGUGUGACACCCAGUGGGCCUAGCUCUGUAAAAGCUAUGGGUAGUGCUGUUUCAGCGCUACAGUUAUCUAGUGGGAAGCUGGAGAAGAGUUUCCCUGAUUCAGGCAGAGAGCCCAGCAGUGCAGUGUCCACCAUUGAAAUGCCUCCUCCUCUACCCUUGCCAAAACCUGGUGAUCUCAUGGAUAUCUAUGUCUCAGUGGCCUGCCAUCCUGGUCAUUUCAUUGUCCAGCCUUGGAAUGAGCUGAACAAUCUGUAUGCUCUAAUGGAAGAAAUGAUCUUGUACUACAGCAGGGCAGAAGAGAAACCUGUGAACAUUGAAAAAAACAAACUGUAUGCAGCUAAAAUUGGAGAUGAGUGGUACAGGGUCAUAAUAAAAGGAAUUCUUAGAAAUGGGUUUUUGUCAGUGUAUGAGCUGGACUAUGGCAAACAUGAGUUUGUCAGCAUACGGAAAGUACAGCCACUCUUGGAUACGUUUAGAAGACUACCUUUCCAAGCUAUUACAGCUCAGCUUGCAGGAGUGAAAAACCAGCAGUGGUCAGAAGAGGCAUCAAUAGUGUUUCGGAAUCUUGUGGAGAAGAAACCUUUUGUGGCACAGAUACAAGCAGUUAAUGACAGCACUAACUCUUGGGAUCGAAAAAUAGUGACUUUUCUCGUGGACACAUCUCUUCCACAUACUGAUACAUGGAUUCAUGAUUUUGUGUCUCAAAGUCUUGUGGAAUUUUCAAAGGGUGAUUAAUCAUCACUUCUGCAAUGUAGCAGCUUAGCAAUAAAAUAAGUAACAGGCUUUGAAGAGAAAUAUAACUACUACAUGGCCUUGAAGACAUAUUGGGGAUAAAAUUUAAAAACCUGUGUUUGUUUAACAAGUUUGGGUUCUGUUGACUUCAGUUGACUUCUGAAAAUUUUCACGUUGUUUACCAUUGUAAUGCUAGAAUAUUUGAUUUAAAUUAUUUUAAAAGUAAUUUAUCAAUAA